AUUCCUCUCCCUCUUGCUCCUUUUCUCCCCCUUUCUCCUCCCCCUCCCUUUUCCCUCUCAUUUUCUCUUUCCCCCUCUCUUCCCCCUCCCUUUCCCUCUCCCUCUUCUCUCUCUCAGCUCCCUUACAUUAAAGAGAAAAUGCUGCUAUCAGUGACUUCCAGGCCUGGGAUUUCGACUUUUGGCUAUAACAAGAACAACAAGAAGCCCUAUGUGUCAUUGUCUCAGCAGAUGGCACCACCUAGUCCAAGCAACAGUACCCCGAACAGCAGCAGUGGGAGCAAUGGAAAUGACCAGUUGAGCAAAACCAACCUCUAUAUCCGGGGAUUGCAACCAGGCACUACUGACCAGGAUCUUGUCAAAUUGUGCCAGUCAUAUGGCAAGAUUGUCUCCACCAAGGCCAUCCUGGACAAGAGCACGAACAAGUGCAAAGGCUAUGGCUUUGUGGACUUCGACAGUCCUUCAGCCGCACAGAAAGCUGUCACGGCACUGAAAGCCAGUGGUGUGCAGGCACAGAUGGCAAAGCAACAGGAACAGGACCCCACAAAUUUAUACAUAUCAAACCUUCCACUCUCCAUGGAUGAGCAAGAACUAGAGGGGAUGCUGAAGCCUUUUGGCCAGGUUAUCUCCACUCGAAUCCUCCGAGACACCAGUGGGACCAGCAGAGGCGUUGGCUUUGCACGGAUGGAGUCCACAGAGAAGUGUGAAGCCAUCAUCACCCACUUUAAUGGAAAAUAUAUUAAGACACCUGCUGGAGUACCAGCCCCAUCUGAUCCCUUGCUUUGCAAAUUUGCUGAUGGUGGUCCAAAGAAACGACAGAACCAAGGGAAAUAUAUGCAAAAUGGACGGGCCUGGCCAAGGAAUGGAGAUAUGGGUGGUAUGGCCUUGACCUAUGACCCCACCACAGCUCUUCAGAAUGGGUUUUACCCGGCUCCUUAUAACAUCACCCCCAACAGGAUGCUUGCUCAGUCUGCACUCUCCCCAUACCUUCCAUCUCCUGUGUCUUCCUAUCAGAGAGUAACUCAGACAUCUCCUCUACAAGUACCUAACCCGUCUUGGAUGCACCACCAGUCAUACCUCAUGCAGCCUUCAGGUUCCGUUCUGCCGCCAGGGAUGGAUCACCCCAUUUCUCUCCAGCCUGCCUCCAUGAUGGGACCUCUUACCCAGCAACUGGGGCACCUCUCGCUCAGCAGCACGGGCACGUACGUGCCGGCGGCCGCCCCGGUGCCAGGAGCUUACAUCGCCCCGUACACCCCUGUGCCUUCCGCUGGUGUUGCAGCCGAGGAGAGCGGCGGCCAGCAGACUCAGGUGCCAGUGGAGGCGCCCUCAGACCACGGGCUCUACUCCUUCCAGUUCAACAAGUAGCAGCGUGGUCUGGAAGCGAACCCGCAUUGUCUCUGAGGUGUGCCUGGACACCUGAAUUAUUGGAGAGGCUGAUGCUCCCGAAGUCCAGAGGGCUGAUGGGAUACAGACGCGGCGUGGGCCCUGCUAAGGACUAACACUUGGGCAGCGCUUUCAUAGGCCUGGGCCUGGAGAAAAGAAAUCUCUGCACUUCUGCCCUCUGCUUCUUCCUCCAUUCCUGGGAGGGCCUGGGAGAACUGUCACUUUUUGUGUGUGCUGCAUUCAAGGAGAUCAAAAGAACUUUUUUUUCUUUCUUUUGCAAAGAAAGUUUUAUAUUUUGUUUUUGACUGCAAUAUACUCUUUCCAUAUCUCAAAGAGACAUAGUGCCUUGAGCUUCUUC